AUGAUCUCGGCCGGAAUCCUGUUUCUCCUUCUCGUUGGGUUCGACCACCUGCUCAUUUUCUUCAUCACCUGUCUCAUAUCUGCAGGCCUCUGCAUCCUGAAGCUGGACCCCGCCGCAGUUGAGUUUAGGGGUUUAGGCAAGAGUUUCUUUGACAUGACGAGUGGGACGGAGGCUGCUUUAGCAUCUGGAGUGCUGAAGGUUGCAGGUGACAAGCUAGUUUCACUGCUAGCCACUGAGUUUGUUGCCAUAACCGGUGUAAAAAGAGAUCUCUCCGAGCUCCAGGAUAUACACGCAGAGAUUACAAGCUGGCUGUCGGCAGCACGUGACAAAGCAAUACAGAGUGAGCCACAGUCUCGCUGGGUUGUAAAAUUGAAAGAUGUGGCUUAUGACAUUGACGAUGUACUACAAGAAGUCCAGCUAGAAGCUGAGAAACAGAAGAUGGAAAGAGAUGAUGACAAGAGUGGUAUAGCUGGCUGCUUCUGUGCAAAACCAAAGGCAUUUGCAUUCCGAUACAAGAUGGCUCAUAAGAUCAAGGCAAUCAAGGUGAGAUUUGCUGCAAUCGUCAAGCAAAGAAGUGAUGUCAAUACUUUAUUUCCAAGGGAUGAACAUGUUGGUACUGGGUACAGGACAGUUGGAGAGAUGUCCUGGUUGAGCAAGAUAAAGGAGCACUUCGGAGAUGAAAUAUUCUGGGUCCAUGUGUCUCAAGAGUUUGAUGUUCAGAAGCUCAUCGGCAAGCUAUUUCAAACAAUUGUUGGAGAUAAUUCAGAUCGCCAUCCCCCGCAGCACAUGGUCCAAAAAAUCUCCGAGAAGUUGAGAAAUAAGAAGUUUCUUCUUAUCCUUGAUGAUGCUUGGCACGAGGACAGACAUGACUGGGAACAGUUCAUGGUGCAGCUAAAAUGUGGCACACCUGAAACAAGGAUUAUGUUAACCACUCGUGAUCGAAAGGUUGCCGAAGCUGUGGAAUCAGGAUAUAUAUUUGAGUUGGCAUUCUUAUCAGAGUCUGAGAGUUGGAACUUAUUCCUGAUGGGUUAUGGGUGGGCAGAGCAAGAUUUGAGCUCCGAUGAUGUACAAGUCGGAAAAGAGAUUAUCAAGGGAUGUGGUGGGGUGCCGCUAGCAAUUAAAACUCUUGGAGCAGUCCUUCGUGACAAGAAGCAAAAAAGUACGUGGAGGGCCAUAAGAGAUAAUAAUUUAUGGAAUGUUCAGAGUAUAAAUGACAGAGUGUUUGCAUCCUUGAAGUUGAGCUAUAUUCACUUGGCAGAUGAACUGAAGCAGUGCUUUACGUUUUGCUCCAUAUUCCCGAAGGGCUAUGGAAUCCAGAAAGAUCGUUUGAUUGCCCAAUGGAUAGCUCAUGGAUUCAUCAAUGCAAUGAAUGGAGAGCAACCCGAAGAUAUCGGAAGAGACUACUUAGAUUCUCUUGUAAAAGUCAGGUUUCUUCAGGAAGCUUAUGAGAGCUGGGAUACUGAUAUAUACAACAUGCAUGAUUUGAUCCAUGAUCUCACUCGACAGAUACUAAAGGAUGAACUGGUGACUUGUGUACCAAUUCAUACAACAAAAAAAUUUACUCAUAAUAGAUAUUUAUCUUUGACUUCAUUCCCUGAGAAUGUUGACAAGGGAUUAUUUGACAAGGUCCGUGCUCUAUAUAUCUCUGAAAGUAAGCCAACUUUUGAUACCACAGUGAAGAAUAGUUGUUGUAUGCGCAGUGUUGUUUUGGACUAUGCAAUUGAUACUCCGUUUUCACUAUUCAUAUUAAAGUUUGAGUAUCUUGGGUAUCUUGAAAUCCAGAAUGUUAGUUGUACAACAGUUCCAGAAGCUAUCUCAAGGUGUUGGAACUUGCAGUCACUCCAUUUUGUUAACUGCAAAGGUUUUGUGACAUUACCUGAGUCUGUUGGAAAGCUUCGGAAGCUAAGGACUCUAGAGUUGCAUCGGAUUACUGAUCUCAGAGGCACUGACGGUGCUGCCGGAGUGGAUUGGACAACUCUCUGCGCUUCGUUUGCUUUAUAUCGAGCAUUCCCCUGCCCUUCAAUACUUGCCCCAAUCCAUACAACGCCUAACUGCUCUCGAGGAAUUGCACAUUUAUGGUUGCCCUGGUUUGCCACCUUGUCAGUCACAUGUGUACAGAGUUUUGUUUCCGGUGCACGCAGUGUAGUUACACACUGCCACCUCCGCUCCCUUGCCUCAUUUCCCUGUUCAUCCACAGUGAACCUCUUGUGGCCGUCUGUUUAG